UUAUGCUUAGUGCUUUAUGAUUCUCAUGGUACAUUAUCAGGUUCUUGCUGGUAUGGGACCACAGUCACAAAAUGGUGUGCAUGUCCCUGCUGCAUUCAGAAAUUUCACAAUGUCUCAGAAGGAAAAAACUUUGGAUGAGCUGGUGCAGGACAAGUGGCUUUGUUACACAGAAGAUGGUAAAAUAGGACUUGGUGUCAGGUCUUGCCUUGAUUUGCGGAGUUGGUUCCGCAAUCUGGAUGUUCCUUCCUGUGAAGUGUGCAAUGAAGCUGUACUGAAGGGAGAAUUGUGCCAAAGCGAAGGUUGCGUGACUCGAAUUCAUCACUACUGCCUAAAGAAGAAAUUUUCUCAAAAAAGGGGCGAAGUAGUUUGUCCAAGUUGUGGCAAGCAGUGGCAGUUUGAAGCACCUAAAGAAGAACCCUUAGAGGGGGAGGUGAAUGGGUUAAGUGAGAGUGCAGCAUCUAAGAGAAAGAGGCUUAGAAGUGCAGAUGGUGGUGGUAGUAGUUCUUCUCAAGCUUCCAUACGUAGCUCUGAUACAAGAAGAGUGACUCGAAGUUCUCGUCAAAUGUAAAUGCUCUUAUUACUGAGUAUAAG